AUGAUCAAUUUCAUGGACUAUGUCGUCCACGCCUUCGGUACCUCCACUGAUUGGAAUCCAGACAACAGCUAUUCCUCCUUGACCGCGACAUCCGACGCGUUACUCUCAUUCCAGACUCCAUCCACUCUUGCGCUGCAUGUGUCAUCUCUGAGCACGCCGAACUUUGCAUCUUCGUAUACCUUGUCCACGUUGGGCCAGAUAGAUGGCUCAAUAUCAUACUUAUAUUCGACGGUUCCCCUCCGGCAUAUACCGUCCCAGACCCCGAGCAUACCAUUGAAAUACUUGGUCCGAGGAUAUAGAGAUAUCAGACUUCCCGUUGUCCUGGGCGAAAAGAAAGAGCGCAUUGACCAGAGUGAAGAUCCGAGGAAACCAACCCUGCUCCAUGCGACUCUCGCUCUUCCACCUCCUUCUGUUCUCACAGCACUUUACGUUCGCCGCAUCAGCCCAGGCACUCUUCUGUCACUGUCCUUGUACAGCAAAUCUGUCACGGCUCCCGUUCUCACCUCGGGUCCUCCUCCGGCCUCCGGCCUUGCCCAUAUUCAACAUGACACGGGCCAAUAUUCAAUCGAAGGCCUGGGCUCAACAGAUAACGCCCUCUUGGGAGUACGGGGACUAUGGAACUUUGGCCUCUCCCCUCCCAAAGGAGAUGAUUCUCUCCCGGCCCAAACCCCCUCACCGGAAGCAGUUGAUGGCUUCACCGAAUUUCCGUCAGGACUACCCCUUCCACCACGGCCUGAUACCAUGUCCGCCUACCACAACCGACUAGCAUCUAAACCCUCACUACUCUCCGCGGGCGCGGAAUUCUACUACAGCCCAUUCUCCCACGUGAUUGGCCUCUCAACCGGCCUCCGGUUCACGACCCUCGCUCCACAUAUAACUCCCUCAGAGCCCCCUCCACGUUCAACGUCACAUCGACCUCUGGCAGGUACCUCUGCCUCUCUCCUCACACCUUCCAAUGUGUCUCAUUCCUCAUUUCCAUAUACCAUGACAUUGACUCUGACACCUCUGACGGGUUCGAUCUCAUCCACAUACUCUGUCCGACCCACUCCGACACUGGCCCUCUCUUCCCGAUUCGACUUCAACUUCUACUCCUGGGAAUCCCGCUACGUCGUCGGCGGCGAGCUGUGGCGCCACCGCAGCCGCCGACCCGAUGACUCGGACUCAUCUACGGACUCUCUGUCUUGGGCCCGCGCCAAGACCCAAGACUGGUUCUCCCCCGCUGAGCGAGCACUCAAAGACGAACGUAUCGAGCGCGAAGAGGAGAACGUGUUGAAAUUUGGCGUCGACGAUUCCUGGAACUUCAAAGCGCUUUGGACAGGGCGAGUCAAGAGUUUACUGGUCUCCGCUGGCGUCAGCGUAAAUCCUGCGGCGAGCCACGUGCCGACAGUUGGAGAUGAAGGAAGUCUGGAUAUGAAGAGGUGGACGGGCAGUGUGGGCGUAAGCAUUGCGUACUCUACUUGA